AACUUUACAAACAAACUAAACUCAUCCUCAAAAAACAACUACCAUCUCUUUCAAGUAACACCACAACUACUUACUUCAUUAUAUCAUCCAACAAACUCAUAUCAUCAAUCUCCAUUUCACAAUAGCAUGAUCAAGAUCAACGUCAACGACGAGUAUCUCUGCGUGGUCAGGACAAAAUCCUUCGCGGAUUUCUUCGUGCACGCCCAGCUACUCCUCGUGCCCUCGUCCCCAUCCGACCUCCUCCUGAACCCGAGCCAGGAGACGAUAGCCUCGCUCCUGAAGUCCUCGGUAAAUUCAAGAGAGUUGAAUUCGAUCUUAUUGGACUACUUCAGCAUCAGUGCAGAGGCAUCACACCUCUGCACGAAUAUACUCAAAACCUUAAUCCAUCUCCAAACCAUCUACAGAUCGAUCAGCAAUGAUCAAAUCAUCGAUCCAGACACGAUAUCUGAUCUCCUGGACAGCCCCUUGCCCUCGGGCCUCGACAGGAGGGGGUUUGGGGAGAUCCAGGAGAGGCAGGCGCGGGUGCUGGAGCGGCUGAGGUCGAGCAGGAAGAAAAUGGCGGGGAAAUUGAGGGUUUUGGAGUUUGUGUGGGGGUGUGAUAGGGUUGUGGUGAUGAGAGGGGUGGUGGAGCAGCUGGAUGUGGCGGCGAAGGGGGCGUAUAUAUUGAGGAGGGAUUUCGACACGAUGGGGAGGGCGGUGGAGAGGAUCGGGGGAGAGAUCGAGCACGAUAGGGCGAUGGUGGAGAGGGGGAGGGGUGUGGAGGUGGUGAGGGAGAGUGAGUUUGGGGUGAGGAGGCAGGCGGAGGAGUUGGAGGAGCAUGUGUAUCUUUGUUUGCUUACCAUUAACAGAGCUCGAGCUAUGGUGGUUAGGGAGAUUUGCAGGAGUUCUAUGACCUAGAUUAGUAUCAUAGUAUGUGUAUUUAUGUAUAUGAAGGGGUUGU